UAACGUUGUAAGUUGCCCUGCAGAAAAGUGUCGGCUAAAUGAAUAAAUGUAAAUACGACACGUCCAAACUUUGUGAUCUCAUGAAAUCGGUGAGAGUUCUGACUUUCAUAGCCAGUGUAAUGACAGUUGUUUUGAAAGACAAAUCUGACAUGUUACUGUUCUCUCUUCAUGAUAUACCUUUGUAAGUCCCGCUACGUACAGCAACGGUAGGUUUCAGCAUCGGCAAUUCUCAUCCGUGCUUCGCUUUCGCAGCAAUCACGAAUAAACAAAACUUUAACAACGCUGACAAAAUCAGUCCGUCGCAGAAAUUCACGGACUGCGAAAGAGCACGUUGAUAGAGACGCGUCCUUGCCUCUAGGGAGGAACGGAAAAGCGGGAUACGCCACGCUGUUGUGACGUUUGGAAAAAAGUGUAGGCGGUGUGACGUCUCUCUCUGUGUCGUACAGCCAAAUUGUCGAGAUACACAAGUAGAACGGCGUUGCCACCAAGUCUCGUGGGGCAACACUUCCUGUGUUUCUACGUCAUUUGUUUUCACUGUUGUGGCGGUAAUUAGGUCUGGAGCUCGAAUUGUGAAAUGGCAACAGUAACACUGCACCGGUGCUCCCCUUUUCCCUUCCGCUCAUCUGCCAGACAGACUGGGCCGCUUCUUCUCUGCGCCGCAUUUCUGCGCUGCACCAAUCCAUCCCCGGAAUAAAACCCCUUUGCAGAGGCCGAAUGACACCCUGCGAGCAGUUGUUUUCAGCCAAAAACAUCUGUUGGGCAGCAGAACAAACAAAAGUGCAGGAGCAGCCGCCUCUCCCAUACUGCGGAGUGACCUGGCGUGUCACGAGAGCGGUUGGCUCGGCAGGUCAUCCGGGAACCUUUGGGAACGUGAGAAAACUUCUGAGAUGGAAGGAAAAACAACAUGAAGAACACGCAAAGAAAACGCUCUUCCUUUGCCCUGAGAAAUAGGCAGUAAGAUGGUUAUGGCAAAAACUUGAAGCUGGAAGGCUGCUGGUUUGCAUUUUAAGGGAAUUCCCGCUGUUGUACCUUCCUGUGAGAUACAUACUUUUAAUAAUUCCCGUCGUACGGAGCACAAGUGGCACGCUGCCGUUCCGAUAUGGGGUUUGACCCCGGCUCAGUCUGCGGGGAGCGUGCGUGUUCUCUGCUGUACCGUAUCGUUCCUCGGAACCCGGGUGGGUGAAAACGCAAUUGAAAGGGAGGCAUACCUGGAAGAGCGCACACAAAGUACAGUCACAACAUGCAUCGCCUCUUCAGUGUGGUGUCCGUGGUUUUUCUUAACGCACAUGCGGUUCAGGUUUAUUCCAGGGCCCGUUUCCAGCCGUUUGAUGUUCCGUAGGUGGGUCUGCUUUGGCCGUGGGUUUCGCAUCAUUUCUAGCUUGGAGCAGGACAAAGCGGCCUCAGAACAGCUCGUAGGAGCCGAUUACAUCUGUUCUGGAGAACAAAAGGGCUCUUUUGGCAGCGCGGCCCAGAAAUUAAUACGCAUCAUCUGCAGGAACACCCAGACGGAAUCGCUCGGAAUCGUUUCCCAUCAAGAGCUGCGGCGGCCCCAGUGUUUACUCAUGUUUCUUAUUUGGCCGCAGCUGCUUGUCAGAUAAAUAAAUCACAUGCUGGAAGGAGGGCGGUCGUCGUCUUUGAGAGGAGAAAAGGGGGAAAGGGUGGAAAAGUCGUUUCAGAUGUGCGCGGGGUCCGGCCUGAGAGAGCUCACUGGGAGAGAAGGAACCCACCUCCCCCGCCGGCCCCCCGAAACGUGAAACACGAUGAGACGAGUACGUGUCCGAGGAGAAGAGCGCCGUUCCCUCGGCUGUCGAAGGGUAGGACAAGCAGGCGCUGGGGGUGAAACAUCUGUUUAGCGGGGGGAGCCGGGCUGUGUCGCGCUCGCCCUGCCGGGCUUCCUGUUUUGCGUCGACCCCGCUAACGCUGAGCGCUCGCACUUUCGCCUCGACUGCCGGAGCUGGAAAAACAUAGAACAGUUUGUUUUCUCUGACAUGAGGAUCGCGCUUAGCUUUUUGGGAAUUUUCCUCUCGUUCGCCGGAUUCAUCCAAGGAAAUAUGAAUGCAACAAAAGGUUGUUGGAACUGUUCACAGAGCUGUGACGAGCUGUAUCAUGUGUGCAACAGCUUUUUUCAUAAUAAUAUUUCAUCCACAAUGAUGGAAUGCUAUACGACAGUGACUAUAAAGUUCUGCUAUGAGGCGUUUGAAGUAAAUUUGACCAACAUUAGCCAAUCAGGACAGUGCAUGUGGAAUAACAUCAAGAGCUCCUACAACAACUUCACUUUGUGUACUGAGACGAUAGCGGACUGCCUACGUAUCCCCUGGCCCAACAAGUUUGUGGAGGACACCUUCGUGCAGAUCCACGCCAAGUACUUGAGAGACUGCAUCAUGACAGAACUCUCUGACCCCCCACCCAGCAUCGUUUUCGCCCUGGUCAUGACUCCCAUAUGCCUCAUCCCCAUCAUCGUUGUCCUAGUGGUGCUGAAGACCAAGAAUGGGGAUGGCGCCUCCUGACUGCUGGGAAGCACCCUACAAAGGCAAACUCUGACCAGCAAACCCCACUUUGUCCCAUCCACAAGCUUCACUAUCGAUCACUUUUAUGUUUUAUAGUUGCGUACUUCCAGUGACACUACAAACAAGUGUACCUUGGCCUUUCGUGAAGAAACACUGCUUGGCUGUACCAUUCAGCUUCUGCUGUCAAAGUUGGCUUGUCGCUUUGUGAACAGCCCUUCGUGGAGAUAUGGCACAGUCCCCACACCACUGCGUGUGUAGCUGCUGAUCUCUUCCUGUGGUGUACGCAAGAGAAAUCAAGGAGUGAGGUGACCAAAUCGUGUCUGCCAAUGGAAAUAUAUAUACUCUUAUUAACUUCAUAAUCGGUUUUUUGUCUCAACUGUCUUCAAAAUUUCCCUUGAAGAAAUUAACUUCUGAACAGCAGUGUUUUUUUUUCAGGGUGGUAACUCAUCUAAAUUUCCAAAUUGUUGGGUGUGAUGAUUAUGACAAAAGCUCACACGUUUGCUAGUAGUAUUUAUGACGACUCUGCGAUUUCGGAAAUUUUGUCUUCUUGAACAUUUCUGCAGACGUCUACAUUCCAUCAACGUUAUAGUCCUUUAAACUGGAGAGAUAAAUGUUUGAGUGUAGCUGUGCAACACGAACAAUAUGUGACACUUUACGUCUAACAUCUGGCAGUAACCUAGAGGAAAAGCAGUCUCGUGUCAGUGCCUUCCAGUGAUGACACUCCCAGGGGUGCGGAGCGGGGCGCGGUCGUAGCCCUAGGGAAGAGGAGAGCAUGGGAUGAGAGGCCCGAGACAAAGGCAGGAACAUGAUACGUUUCCUUCCAUUGUCUGCCACCCCCUGCUUCUUCCUCCCCCCGGUCUGCUAUGUUCACAACCCGAGUGCUGAUUCAAACACCAGAGUUCACCGCAGUAAGAAUGAAUGCCAGUAAGACUGCGGUUAAGGUAAAUGUCGAUGCGGAGUAAACGCAAGAUACGAUGUGACUGUGUCAUUGUCAUUAUAUUCACAACUAAAUGCCAGUGGCACUGACGUAAGGAAUGAAUGAAUUUAAGCAAUGUACGCUUCUUUUACAAUGUUGUUAUAUACACCCAUAUAUUUUUUCUUGUUCAGCGUGUCUGUCGGGACUCUCGGACAUGUGAAAUGUCUGUGAAACGACUGUCCAGAGACAAUAGGAUGGCAUUUGUUCCAUAUUUGAACUACUACACAUCCUAACAACAAAGAAACAAUGGGAAAGUGCUUUAUUUUCCCAGCAAGCUAUAUGCAGUUUGUCUCUUUCUGUGUUGUAGUGGGUUACUGUGAACUGAUGAGAAUAAAAAAAAAAUCAAUGACUGUAAUGGAACCUCCGUGGGUACUGCUGUCACCUACCCUCUGCCUCUGUCUUUGUCAAGUUCAUGUUCUCUCCGUGCUCCUGUCGGUUUCCACUUCCACUUCAUUCCAAGUUCUGUCCCAGAGAUGUGCCCUUUGGAUGAAGCAAUCACUUUGACUUUGCCCAUAGUGUGUCACUGGAUAAUAGGUGUUUUUCACUGCAUUAUCAUUCUGCGCUGGGCGUAUCGCUUCUUGUACCCGGUGCUGGCUCGAGACUACCGUGAAUGUGCCAGGGACCCUGCCGUUAAAACAUGAAAAACAUAAAUGAACAGCAUUAAUGAGACAUUUCAAUGUUUUUUCAACAUUUUACACAAGCAAUGAAAAAAGUUGCUUUGUACUAUGUAAUUAUGGCAAGGUUAUGUAUGUUUUAGAUAUUGUUUUCUGUUCUCUCCUCGGAAUCGGGGUACUACAGAACCUAACGUCUUCUUUCCUGUUUAAGUAAAGCCUGUACCUACAGACGUGAGGCUAAUUAUUCCAGCAUGUUGUAGGCCGUGUUUCAGAGAAGGGACAUAAUUUAAGGGCGCACAGGGAUUCCCUCGCGAUGACCUCAUCGAGUGGCCCAGCGGGGGUGUGUCCCGGAGAGAUAUGCACAUUGUCUAUUAUGUUAUGAUGGAUAGGUGUGUCGCACAAAAGGUUUUUUUUCUGCCAAGUUUUCCACUGAUCUCACAGCAUUAUCAAAAUGCGGUUUUCACUUCACAAUCAUUAAACUCCAGAAGGUUUUACAAUACACGGCAUUACAACGUUACAUAAUGCAAGCAACUGCAGUCUACUUGGCCUUUUUAGACAAUGCAGUUUCUGCUGUUUCCUUACUACACGGAAUUACUUUUUUAAUUUUGUACUGAAAUACACUGAUGUCAUCCUCUUGCAUUA